AUGGAUAAGGCAACAUUCUGUGGAUGCUGCUCAUCUUCACAAGACAUGAUCCUGACAGUGAUGAUGCUAUCCCUGAUGAGUCAUCUGAUUCAUCUUAAAAAAACUGAGACUUCCUCCUCCUCUGAAGAUGAAAUAUCUGAUUCUGAUGCUCUUUUUGAUGAUAUGUGUGAUGAGUCAACUAAUACAAAUGAUUCAAUAGAUGACCCAGUUGCAUUGCUUAUAGAUGGAUAUACAUGGAACUUUGAGAUAUACUGUGAUAAAAGUGACACUUUCCAACAUCUAAGAAAAAAUGACUCAGUAACUGUAAAAUCGAUGAUGCCUUUGCUUGAUAUUGAGAUGACUCUCUACACUGAUAAUUUUUACACUUCCCUUCCACUUACUGACUAUCUUUUAGUGAGAAAAACAUAUCUUUGUGGCACAGUACGUGCAUCUCGCAAAGAGCUUCCCCAAGUCAAAGCAAAACCCAAGAUAAGAGAAAUUAUUUCACUUGGGAGCAAGAAUUCCAGAAAUGGUGAACAAAUAAGAAAACCUAAAAGUGUUCUUGAUUAUAAUAAGGCUAAAAAAGGAGUUGAUCUCUCAGAUCAAAUGGCAGCCUAUUACACACCCAUAAGAAAACAAAAAAAUUGGUACAGAAAGAUAGCAUUAGAAUUGCUAACAGCAACUUCAGUGAUAAAUGCUUGGAUUAUCUUCAACAAGUACAUUUCUCACAAGACAUGGUCUUUCCUAAAUUUCAAAGAAUCCCUUGUAUUGUCACUUAUAACCAGUUCUCCUACUGAAACAGUAAGACCUGGUAAAAGAUGCAGAAGUAUUGGCAACUCCCCAAAUAAACAGAAGCAAAAAAGAAAUACCAGAAAGAGGUGCAUCAGUUGCUAUGAGGUCAUAUCUGUAAAUGAGGGAUCAAAGGUGGCCUCAAGAAAAGCAGAGAAAAUAUCGAUAUACUGUGACAAGUGUGACAUGCUUUGCCAAAAAACAUAA